UUGGAGAUAUUCCCAUGUCUAGCGCACAGCACAUCUAAACUGAGAAACUGAGCUGCCCAGUUGACAUUGGGCUGGGCCAGAUGAACAGCAGGUCAGCGCCCGCUCCAGUCCUGUGGAGCCUCUGGGAAUCAGGAGCCCAGAGGAAACACAAAUCCUGCGGGUUUGGAUCCUUUUCAUUCCCAGUUCAAGGAAUGUGAACUCGCCCUCCUCCCCGCUACUCCCUGAUUUAUCCGACUUUCUCUCCCCUCUGCAAAGGGAAAGCGCGAGAGCGUAUAAAGAACUGUGCGCACGCGAUGACAGGAUGACCCGGGAGAAGCUGAUAAAGCUGGGGAUCUCCAAGCUUGCCCGCCGGGAAAAAAACCCUCAGAGAGCCCAGAUGAGGCAGCAGAGACGGAAGGGCGUCAUUCCCUUUCUUGGAAUCUUCCUUGAUGACCUAACUCUGCUGCAGAAGUGGACGCAGAAUAAUGUGGCUGCCUUCAAGAUCGUCCAGCAGCUGCAGUUGCUGCAGGUGACUGCCAAUAAUUUCUGUUUUCAACCGGACAGAGAAUUCCAGUCCUGGUUCCAAACCAUGAAGCCACUGGACCAGUACAAUAUCCACAACUUCUCCUGGGAGCUGGAGCCACCAUUUGAAUAGGCCAACAACAACAUCAAGGCCGAGGAGACCUGUCCUGGGACUGUGUCCACCUUUGAGCUACCUGUAUUUACUCUCCCCUGCCACUCCCUUACACCCCCCUGGAAACCUGUUCAUUUACUCCGCCCUGACACUCCCUUUUCCUGUUAUCUAUAUCCCUUAUUCCUUGCUCCUCAUCCCUGGCUUUUAGUUAAAUAAAUGUAUGUUCCAU